UGGUUCAAGCGAUUUGCAGCGGAAGACAAUUUUUCGAUUGCAUUUUCCAAGCUACUCAUCAUUUACAACGAUGCAUUCCAGCCACAUUUUAUCACUUGGACUUAAUUCGCUGCCACAGGAAGACCGGUGUAUGCUAGUGGGCUACCUGUGGUUGUGCCAGCAAGAUUAGGUGUCCGAUUAGGUUUUCUUUGUCUUUGUUGAUCUUUUGAUCGUUCGUUUCCCGCCAUUUUCCUUCUUCUACGUUUUACUGUUUCUCAGCGAUGGAUAGCGGUGUAAAGCAGUGUAAUUUGCUAUACAAAAAGGAGUUGGGUCCUUGGAUAGAAGAGAAGGUGGCAGUUAAAGAUUUUGAUCYGAAAAAACUCCRACAAAUCCAGAAGAUAGCUUGGGCCAAAGAUGAAGGAGAUAUGAAUACAUUUUCUUGUCAAGACUGGCUUGGAAAACUGGAUUACAAUCUAGAAGACCCGACUAAGUUAUUCAACUUUGUUGAUCGCGAGAAUAACCUCACAACCUUCAACUUAAUUUCACUGCAUGCUGAUGUCCUGCAUGCUUCGRACACUGACUGUCUGACACUAACUGAAAACCCUGACGAUCAAGGCUCAAAAUGGAUCACACCUCGAGUGUAUAACAUCAUUUGGGAAAGCAUGAACAACUGUAGAUUCCUAGCACACUCGUUUGAUGGUCAUAUAUUCGUAAUAGACUGGCUGACUAAGACGGGAAGGGUGGUUGGAAAGUGGCCUGUUCCUAUUUGUAUCGUAAAGUSGGAAGAUAUAGAAUACACAACAAGCGGUCGAAUAACCSACGARCAUCGAGAUACGUCCCUCAGAGGAGCAAUAUCAACUGAUGGCACCAAGGUUGCUCUUAUUGAUCRUUAUGCUUCUUAUGAUAAUGACACUGAUGRAYUGUGGGGYCAAGCUCACUAUGUAUCAGCGAAUGRUGAUACGUUGGAUAUUCCAAGUGAUGGUCACCCAACAAUUGGUAAGCACUUCAAACUCAGAUUGUUMAACAUCAGCACCAAGCAAUGGUGUUCCAGAAAAGUCCCCAGGGAUCGGCUUCUAUCAAUAGAGUCUAUCUAUAAUGGGCAAUUGCCUGCUUUGGCCUUUGUGAGCUCAAUGACAUUUCACCCGAUUCGGACAAACCUYGUGUACCUGAUGGUCAAAGAUGRUUACGAAGAUGAAUAUGGUGAUACCUGGGCCAUAGUGCUUUAUGACAUUCAGGAAGAAGAGGAAGAGGGGACAAUUUUGGCAACAAGAGGWAGAUUGCUAAUGGCAUCGCAUGCAAGCCGCUAUUACUUCAAUUUUAAUAAURAAGAUUAYAACACACUUGAUGGUCCAACUUUCCUACACCAUGGCAACAUAAUUGUAAGCUUUCAUCUUCUCCUAGUGGAAUGUGGUGAUUUUGGAUGCGAUUWUGUGGUUUUACUCGAUGCAUUCAACCUUGAUAUUUUAGCAUCUGUAAAACUACGUCACUCUCUAGCUCCUAUWGCAUACAAUUUUGCUGUUUCGACUUCCCAAAGAGAAAUUGCUGUAUUCGCAAGAAAUGCUAAUGAUGUUGAUGAAGUUGAAGUUUAUGAAAUACCAUUCGAGCCAGACAUGUCAUUGAAGAASUUGUGCAGAGAGAGAAUUCUACAAAGUGUGGGCAAGAACAGAGUUGAUAUGUUAACAAUGCUGCCUUUGAUGCUGAGAGAAUAUUUAAACUUCUGCAAAUAAGCUUUUAACACUGUUUGUAUAUAUGUAUAUAUAAUGUGCUGAAAUAUCUACCCAUYGAUUCAAGAUAAUCAUAUAUUAAUUACACUACAAUCCUUGUCAAAUUUUAUACAGUAUUUAAACCCAGUUGUAUAUAUAAGCCAUUAUCAAAUUAUUUAAUGAUUCAUUAGGUGAACACAAUGGGAAACCUUAGCUGUGACUACAAUUUUAUAGAAGUGAUUUGUCAUGAUUUAAACCUGGCUUAAGCACUGCUUUUCUCUAAUAUUUAAUCUUGAAGUUUUUAGCAAAAUAUGCUUUUAGCUUAUGUUGGAAUUUGAUAAGCAAUAUAAAAUCUUGUGUCCAACCUUUUUGGCUUUUAAAAAUACUCAUGCUGGCUUGCAGUUUUAARCUAUACAUAAAGGUCUCCUGCCCAUAUAUUAUUUUGUCCUAAUUCAUAAUAUUUUUUAUAGAUUAUAUGUGUUAUGAUAUUUAGAUUAUCAAUUAAGUAAAUAAUUAACUGCAUGUAAAUUGCAUUCAAAGCUGUAAAGUGCAUUUUUGUUUUUUAUCUGUAAUUUAAAUUAAGUCUUUUAUAUUUUUUAACCAUUCCUAGGAUAAUUAAUUCAUGAUUCAACAUUG